CAUACAGUAGCAGGAGAGAAGGAUGAUCCUUUCCAAAACAUUCCGCUCCUUAAAAUCACACACUGAAACUCCCAAACCCCAAAAUCAAUCAUCAUCAUGGUCGGUCUAUCUGAUUCUAUCCACCAACGCACCUCUAAAAACAUAUGUUGGUGUCACCACCAAUUUUUCUCGCCGUCUGAAACAACACAAUGGUGAACUCAAAGGUGGGGCGAAAGCUUCACGCUCAGGGAGACCUUGGAUUUGUGCAUGUAUUAUUCAAGGAUUUAAGGACCAUAGUGAAGCUUGCCAGUUGGAAUCAAAAUGGAAGAACUUCUCUAGGAAAUUACCUCGCGAAAGAAUAACUGACGAGGUGGAAAAAGGAUCAGAGAAGCGAUCACUUUUGUUACUCCAACACAGGCAGAUAGCUCUGAGCAAAGUUAAAAGUACAUUAUAUUGUGAACAUUUAGAAGUCGACUGGAAGCUAAGUACCACUGGAUGAGACACAAUGUGAGCAAUUCAAUUCCUUCUCGAAUGGUUUAGUUAAUGGCUCUAUAAGUGGUAUGGACCACAUUGUGUAUGCCUUGUGGUCUACAGACUCUACACCCCACUUGAAACUGGGCAUUGGUUAGAGGAGAUGGAAUGGUCACAACAUUUUGAAACUGAAAGAGCAUGAAGCCAUCUCGAGCAGUGUACACACCUCUACAUGUAAAUUUGUUAUUCGAAAAUUCGAAAUGCAAUUACUGUUGUUGGGGCCAAAUCAAUACCAGCCCUUAAGUUAUAUAUUAUGUAAUAUCUUCGUGAUCUAAUAAGAUUUUCAAAAAAGAACAUUUAUCUAAAGAACAAUUUUGGAGAA